GCACACACUGCCAGAUGAGCAUUUCCGGCAGGCGCACGAGAGCCAAAACAACGACUCCCGGUCAACUCCCUGUGAACUUUUUCUGCUUUGAAAGUCCGUCGUCGGAUUGGAAAAGCCAUAGUGACACACCUAGACAGCAGUAACACAUGUGCAUUGUUUAAUAUGUACAAGCACCAUUUCAAAUGGAGGUUGUUGGAAUCCGAAAUCCCCCGUCUGGAAAAACUGGCCUAACUGACAACAGCUAACCAUUUCAUCUGAUUUACACAAACCUCUCCAAUAAUGUUAUCUAAUACCUGCGAGGCAUAUAACAAGAGUGUCCUCUUCUUUUACAACGAGACUGGGAAGCCCAUUUCGAGCGAAUGGAGGUCGCAGGAUUUUGUGGUGGUCGGACUCGGGAUCCCCAUUUGCAUCUUCAUCAUUCUCGCGAACAUGAUGGUUAUAGCUGCCUUCAUCAUCAACCGACAUUUCCACUAUCCCAUCUAUUAUUUACUGGGAAACAUGGCGGCCGCUGACCUCUUCGCGGGUGUCUCUUACCUCUACCUGGUGUUUCACACCGGCCCGUGGACCAUCAAGCUGACCAUGAACGAGUGGUUCAUCCGGGGAGCUUUGAUCAAUAUGAGUCUGACUGCCUCUGUGGUCAACCUGCUGGCUGUGGCUGUGGAGCGCCAUCAGACCAUCUUCACCAUGCAGCUUCACAGCACCAUGACCAAGUGGCGUGUCGUGAUGCUCAUAGUGUUCAUCUGGUUGACCGCCAUCGUCAUGGGCCUGGUCCCCAUCAUGGGCUGGAACUGCGUUUGCGAUCUGUCCACGUGCUGCUCGGUGGCACCGCUGUACUCUCGCAGCUUCCUGAUGUUCUGGGCUCUGCUCAACCUCCUGGCCUUCUUCAUCAUGGUGGCCGUGUACACCCGCAUCUUCAUCUACGUGCGUCGGAGGAGCCAAGAAAUGUCCCCUCAUACCGACCAACCCUCACACAAUCAGACUGUUAUCAGCCUCAUGAAGACCAUGUCCAUGAUUUUGGGGGCCUUUGUGAUCUGUUGGACGCCAGGUCUGGUGAUUCUUUUACUGGACGGUCUCAGUUGUUCUAAGUGUGAGGUUCUUAAAUAUGAGAAAUAUUGCUUGGUUCUGGCCGAGUGCAACUCUUUGGUGAACCCCAUUAUCUACUCGUUUCGGGACAAGGACAUGAGGACCACCUUCAAACGCAUUCUCUGCUUCCCCUGGAGAAGAAUGCACCAGCAUGAGGGGCCUUCUGGCAUCCGCUUUGAGUCUGUCAAAACAGGGGCACCCCCUGAGAAAAGCAGCAUUUUCUCCUCGAGUUUUGAACCCGAUGCUAGACAAAGCAUAUUGUCUGUAUAGAGAAAACAUUUCUGUGUAAAUAAAUGACUUUGUAUGUCCCUAGUUAAAUGAUUGCAUGUACAAAGAGUAAAUACUUCAUUUUUGAUA